AUGAAGCUAGUUUGUGGCCAGUUGGCCAAACGCACCAAGAAGGUUGGGAUUAUGGGUAAAUAUGGGACCUAUUACGGUGCCUCCCUCUGGAAAAUGGUGAGGAAAAUUGAAAUCAGCCAACAUGCCAAGUAUACUUGUUCCUUCUGUGGCAAAACCCAAAUGAAGAGCCGAGCUGUGGGGAUUCGGCACUGUGGCUCCUGCCUGAGAACAGUAGCUGGAUGUCCCUACACCACCACCUUCGUGGUCACAGCAAAGUCCGCCAUCGGAAGUCUGAAGGAAUUGAAAGACCAGUAG